AUGGCUACAAGAACUAUUCGCUUGUUCCAAGAAAAUGUUAAUGAUGCAGGAACUGUGUCUGCAAAGAUUGAUUUUACCGGACAGAAGAAAACUAAGGUUGGAGGAAGAAAACCACUUGGUGAUCUUUCCAACUCGGUGAAACCCGUUGAUGUAGUAGAUGGAAAGAAAGUCCUCAAUGGUUCAUUUAACACUGUUAAACCCUCCAUUAACCAGACAUCAAAACUGCUCAAGUCCAAGAACAACCCUGCCAUCAUUCUGAAUAAGGAAGUUGUUUCUGCCAAGGAGAAGAAUAUUGAUAUCGAGAAAAAAAACGGGAUCAAAUCAUCUAAGAAACCAAAUACUGGCGGGCGGAAAGCACUUUCUGACAUUUCAAACUCAGCUAAGGCACAUGUUCGUGAUGUAAAAAAUAAGAACAGUCUGAAGACAAGUUCUUUCACAGGGAAAGGUCUUCACCCUGAUGCAAUUGCUGAAGAGCGAAUGUUGCACGAUCAUGGGAAAUGUAUAAAAUCACAGACUCAAACAUUGGACAUGCAUCAUUUUUUCAAGACUGUUGGACUUGAGGAUGAUUCAGAUGAUGACAUGAACAUUUCCUUUGAACCGCUUGCAUUUCGUAAACCAGAGUACGAGAGCACAUUAUUCAAAUUGGAGGAGGUUCCUGAGGAGUUUUUUGAGGAGUUUUUUGAUGUGCCGCCUCUAUCUGGGCAUGGUUCUCCAGUAUACUGCAAGAGUCCAAAGUUUUCAAGCUGUACAAUGUGGGAUGACUUAGCUGUGGAUUUCAAGUUGAUAGAUUCACCCUAA